AUGGAUCUCGAGCAGCUGCGUAAGCCGGACUUGCUGUUAAUGUGUGAGGAGUUGGGGAUCGAUGCCAGGAAAAUUCAACGAAAACCACUCCUCGUGAAGGCAAUCCAGGCCCUAGGCGCUGACGAUAAAGAGUUGAGCGAGUGCUGGGAAAUGAUCAAAGAGAGGCGCGAAGCGGAAGAGCGGAGGCGCGAAGCAGCUAAAGCCAAGGAAGAGCGCGAGGCGGAAGAGCGGAGGCGCGAAGCUGCUGAGCUGAAAGCCAAAGAGGAACGCGAAGCGGCUGUGGAGAUGAAGCGCUUGGAACUGGAAAUGAAACGUCUCGAGAUGAAUCAGACAGUGAGGGGCGUCUCGAACCCCGGCGAAGUGAAGGCUUUAAAAAUUAAAAACCUAAUGCAACCCUUCAAGGUGGGUGAGGAUAUUGGUCUUUUUCUGGUAAAUUUUGAAAGGACGUGCAACAGAAUCGGGUGGUCACGUGAUACAUGGCCUCAGCUCUUGCUCACGUUGUUGCCUUGUGAAGCGGCACAGGUUGUCGCCAGACUUAGCCCGGAGGAGGCAGCAGACUAUGACGCGGUCAAGCUCGGCCUUCAGAAAAAGUAUCGCUUGUCGACGGAGGCUUUCCGGCAGCGUUUUCGGGGUGCCAGAAAAAAAACCGAAGGGUCAUACAUUGAGUUCGCUUACAAUCUUAGGUCGAACUUGGUGGAAUGGCUUAAAAGUGCGGAGGUCUACGGUAACCACGACGGCAUUGUCGAGUGCUUCGGGCUCGAACAACUGUACAAGGGCAUGCCGGAGGUAAUGCGAUACUGGGUUCAGGAUAAAAAUCCUGACACAACUCAAAAGGCUGCCGAGCUGGCCGAAGAGUUUGUGGCACGCCGCAGUAGCCAGAAAGACGAUACCCCAGAACGUAAGUUUCCAGGAGCGCGCGGCGAUUACCGCGGAAAAUAUUAUAAGCCACGCUCCGAGGAAGACAAGAGGGAGCCAAAGGACUCCAUAAGGUGCGCUCAGGGGUCGAAGGCCGCGGGAGGCGGAGAGGCAGAAGAGGAGAACCAUCGCGCGGAGAAACAAGGUCGGGCAGACGAAACAACAAAAAAACAAUUUGAGGCGAGAAAGCCCAUGCGUUGUUUCCGCUGCAACGAGACGGGUCAUAUGGCGGCUGGUUGCCGAAAGCCUCGAGUGGUAUUCUCGUACCUUAGUAAAGAUGACGAGAACGACAGGCUGCUCGAGCCUUAUCUCCACGACCUCCUCGUGAACGGCGAGCCCUGCAAGGUGCUUAGGGACUGCGCCGCCACGUUGGACGUCGUGCACCCAUCGCUCGUGCAAGCGGACCACUACACUGGUGAGUGUGCGUGGAUACGGCAGGUGGUGGAACAGCAGAGCGUCUGUCUGGCAGUAGCCAGGGUGACGAUUCAAGGUCCUUUCGGCACACUGGAGACGGAGGCUGCGGUUUCAACUAACCUACCACCCCAGUAUCCGUACCUGUUUUCUAAUAAAUCUAACCAAAAACUGCGUAAAAUGGGAAAGCGUUUGACCGAAGGGGUAGUGAUGGCACUAGCUCGGUCGAAAGCGCGGGAGCUUGCUAGCCAGCUUAGAUACAAUGAUCAACCCGAAACCUCCGAGAACGUGGUGUUGACUGGGGACGCUGGGCGGAAAUGGCUGAGGGGCGCGUUGUUCCUCCAGUCACUUCUAGGUUGCAAAGUCUACUGA